CAUUUUUUUGAGCUACUUGCAUCAGUGUGGCUGGUAUUUUCUCGAUUGUCAUAAAAAAGUUCUUUUUAAUUAAAUAUGAAAUACAAUAUGAAACAGAAUUUCUUUGCUUUUCCAUCAAUAUCAUUGGAAGACGAUAUAGAAGACGGCGUCUGUCUCGAUGCAACCGAAGAUUCAGCUGAAAAUGACUAUUCACCAAUGUUUUUAAAUGGCGAACUGGAAGCGGCAAGAGCUUCGAAUGUUAACUUAUUCAUUGCACAAAAGAUUAAAGCAAAUUCAAAGAAGAAGAGAAUACCGCCUAAUCAGAAGCGAGUAGGACUGCUGGUUAUAACAAAUUUCCGUUUGUGUUUUGUCGUUUUUGAAGAGAGAGAUAAAAAUGAUAAGAAUAAUUCCAACAAGAAAACUGUGUCUCAUCAGGAGAAUAAUUUUCUGGGUCGAUAUGACAUCACACUCUCUAAUAUGGAUGAGAUUUACGCUUACACUGACAAGAAGCACAAACUCGUGUUACCACACCAAAAGAACAGCUCAAGAAUCGAUGCAAUAAGAAUUGUGUGCAAAAACUUUCGAACACUCACAUUUGACUUUCAAGAUUCUGAAGUUGGAAAAGGAAAAUACAUCGCUGAUGCUUUAGUGCAGUUUGCAUUUCCCACAAGACAUAAUUUACUCUUCAUGUAUCAUUUCAAGGAGAAAUAUUACAACGCUUCGAGAUCAAUUCGAACAUUUCGUGAGAAACACGAUUGGAUUCAAGAGUUGGAACGUUGUGGGGUGUCGUAUCAAACAGGUGCAUGGCGUGUGCUUUCCCUUGAUUUUCCAGCAAGUGACAAUGCACUCCCACAACAUUAUGUCGUACCAAAACAUUUAACAGACUCACAAUAUUUUAAUUUAUGUGAAGCAUUUCGAUGUAAACGUGCAGCGGUGUGGGUGUGGGGACUUGGUAAUGCUUCACUUGUUCGAAUGGCUGAUUUGCUUCCUGAACUUCUCAAUAAUCCGAAAGAAGUGACACCAUCAAAAGAUAGUCUGAUGUUGGAGCAUAUCAGAAUAUGCGACAAAGUUCAACCACGAUGCAUUGAACUUACCAAAGUUUUACCCUCCAUUCAAGAUGUUCAUCAAAGUUACAUGAAACUGAGGCUAAUUUGUGCACCGGUCAGUGAUCGUGAAUUAACAAUCCAAGAUGAACGCUUCCUGACGGUACUUGAAAAGACUUGUUGGUUGCUUUACUCUUCGCUUUGUCUGAAAACAGCUUGUGAAGCUGCUGGGUUUUUGAAAGCAGGAGAAUCUGUUGCACUACAAGAGAAUGAUGGACGUGACAUGUGUUGUCUUGUGUCGAGUUUAGUGCAAGUGCUUUUAGAUCCUUUUUACCGUACAAUAACCGGAUUUCAAGUGUUGAUUCAGAAAGAAUGGGUUGCAUUAGGACAUCCUUUCAGUGAUCGAAUUGGUCAUGUUUAUAACAAGCAAGUCGAUAAAUCGCCAAUUUUCCUUCUUUUUCUUGAUUGUGUGUGGCAAACACUUCAACAAUUUCCCGAAUCAUUUGAAUUCUCGGAAACUUUCCUUACAACUAUUUGGGAUUGCGUGUUUCUACCGAUCUUCGACACAUUCCAAUUCAAUUGCGAAUAUGAUCGACAAGUUGCUGUUAGAGAUGAAAGUCUUUUGUCGAGGCCUAUAUGGGAUUGGGGUGAAAUAUUUACAGACAAAGAUAUCGCUUUGUUUUCAAAUCCAUUGUAUAAAAAGCCGCUAAUGAGUGAACAGGAAAUCGAACAUCAUCGAAAAUCAAAAUUGCCACCAAGUGCAUUAAAACUUCCGGGAAUGGAUAUUCUUCCAGUUAAGCCAACACCAAGGCAGAGAUUCUCUCUACAACAACCAGGAACUAAUAAAUCAAUCGAUAUGGAAGCAAAAUUAUUGCUUCCAUCACAGAUUCUUAAUCAUCACGAAAUUCCAAAGUUAGAGAAAAUUCACACGUCAGUCGAAACGAAUCAGGAUAAAUUCUUGGAGCCAAGUUUCUUGAUUCGUGAUUUGGAUAUUUAUGCGCAAUGCUAUUACCGAUGGAUGCCCAUACUUGAAAUACGCAAUGGAGGCUUUGCUCAAAUUGACUUAUAUAAUCGAAUGAUCCUUAGCAAUAUUCAUAAGCUUCAGAAGAGCUUGGAAACGGGUCACAUCAGUGAUGGUCAGUUGGAUUUAAGGAGAGAUGAUGAAACGAUUACAACGGCAGCUGCUCCAUCCGAUUCUACAGCUAAUGGAAAGAGUAAUCGCAUUCCUAUUGUGAAUUCUUUCUUCCCUUUCUCCAUCAAUGACGGAGAUGACGACAACAGUAACUUGAACGAUAUUCUCAUCUUCAGUUCGGAUGUUUUAACGGAAGGUUCAGUAUUUGAGCUUGACUAAAGUUUAUUCCUACGUAGUUUUAUUCAAAACUUUUAUUGUUAUAUUCUACUUCAAAUAUCUUCCUUUUUAAAAAGCUUAUUUAAAAAAAUGGAAGACAAAUCGUUAAUUAAUUAUGUCGCUAUAUGUAUUUUCACGUAACUUCACUUUUUUGUUUUUAAAGAACUUAGCGUUAAAAAUUAUUUUAUUUUCCUUCUCGUCGAUUUUUUUCUUUAAUUAAAAUACUAAAAGCGAGAGUGAUUAGAAAACCAGAGAACCUGAAAAUGAAAAUCUUACGAUACUAAAAUUACACAUUAGAUUGCAUAAAGAACCGAAAACAAAAGAUAAUAAAUAAAAAAAAAGCUAUUAUAAUUAGAAAACAAUUAAAA